UAUUAUGUUGUUAUAUUAUAUUUUUUUUAUUUUAUUAAAAAGUAAAAUACAAUAUAUAUGAUAUUUUGUACGGGAAAUAUAGACUAAAAUGAACAUUGAUGGAGAUAUUUUAUAAAUUGGAUAAUUUUAUUAUUAUAUAAAUUAUUUUAUAAAAAUAUCAAAUAUAAAUUUUUGAAAUUAGGUUUCAGCUACGAUAAGAAGAUAAAUAUAAUAACUUUCCCCUUCAUCAUCUUUUCCUCCUUUACUACAGUAAAAAAGAGAGAAAGAGAUAAUUUAAGAGUCGAAGUCAAAGGUUGAUAAAGAUAAAAUGAUUCUUCUCGAAAAUAUAAUUAAAAAAAUCGACUUUAGAACUUUAGACGAUACGAACAAACGUUUCAUUUCUUACGUAGACGCUACAAGUGUCAAUGUACAUUAUCGAUGGGGGAAGAACAUCUUUAUUUUAAUAUUUAUAUAUUUAAGAUAAGAAGAUGAAGACUUUUUAUAAUAUGUGUAAAUAUUUGUAUCAAUCUUGAUUUGGUGAAGUACGAACUUCGAAUAAUAAUGAUUUUAAUAAUACUAAUAUUUCAAAGUAUGAACAAAACAUUCGAAAUUUUACUUUAUUUAUAAUUUCAAAACAAAUUUUUAAUGAGGUUUUGUUAUAUUAAUGUAAUAUCAAGUAGCUAAUUUAGCAUGAAUUUUUAACUUAAGAUAUGAUUUACAUUCAUUUAUUUUUUUAAAAAAAUAUGAAUUGCACUGUAAAAAACUAUUUAAUGGAAUCUAAUAAUUGAUAUUAUAUCUUUAUUUAUGAUAAUUAUUAAAAACUAUUUUAUAUUUAAAUAUAUCAUAAUAUUUUAAAAAUAUUAUUUCAAGAAAUUGGAAAAUACUCCUACGUUUAAUUGAAAUCUUAAUGCCAAUGAUUCCUUGUCGCGUUAUAAAAUUACAACAUUAAUAGUUUUAUAACUAACCUUGAUUUAACUUCGUUCAAUAUUCUUACCAUUAUUCUUUUAUGUACAUUGUCCAUGUUUCACACGUCUUCUUCUUCAGAGUCUUCUUCAAAGUCUCCAGAAAACGAGCACUAUAAUGACGUAAUUCCUCAAGUAGAUAAACCGUGUCCGCUUUCUGUCAUAUCGUGUUCAAUACCUUAAUUAACUUUACGUCUUCAAAUGUAUUUACGGUCAAUUCUCUAUCCGUGUUUCUUGAAUUCUAUGAAAAACGAAAUAUCCACGUUUAAAACGAGAAGUACAAUUAACAGGAAGACAUACCGCGAUACCACCUUGAUUCGAAAAGUCAAGACAUCCGUGUUUCGCGUACAGAGCCCUUAAUUGGGCUUAAUUAACGAUCGUCUGUCUUUGUCAUUGUGACUCACAAAGCGAAUGUAACUUCUUGUAUUUAUCUCGUUUUUUCUUGUCACUAUUCUUUUAUUUCCACACUCUGUAAUUUUUUUUUUAUCAUAUACAACUUUGUCAAAUCUGUAUCUUUGUUUCAGAUAUUAAUUAUGAAACAUUUUGUUGUAGGUAUUGUAAAUUGAGAAUCGUAAUGAGGAUCAAAACGUAAUUUAUGAACAAAACAAAUUUUAUUAUGAGAAAUUCAUAUUUCAGAAAAUUGAUAUUUAAAGAAAAGCGUAACGGAGCGGAUAUAGCAAAAUUGUGUGCUGGACUAUUUUAUCGUCAUCCUGUGUACAUCAAAAUACGUUUUGAUUCAAAUUUCAUCUAUAAAUAAUUCUUUUUCGUGUCUUUUAAUUGUUUUUACUAUUGUGUAGUUUCGUUAUUUUUAUUAUCUUUUUAUUAUCUUUCCUUUAAUUGUAUCCUUUGUUUCAACUUGCAUUAUUUGUGUUAAAAACUAAAUAAAAUUUCCAACAUCUAGAUACGAAAACAGGAUAACAUAUAACUCGAGGAAAAUUACCCAAGAGGGGUAACGUUCAAGGAUGAAUCAUUCCCAAAAUGAAAUGAAUUGAACGAUCGAUAUCAAAACCACACGAACGAAUUUCGCGUGCAACUUAUAACAUUAGAACAUAAGCCAAGCAUAUGCAUAAUAGAUUUAACGAUAAGGUGAUGCAAUUAUAUAAUUUUAAUAUUAAUUUACGCCGUAAUUUAAUGCGAUGACUAAAGCAACCAUUGGAAUAUUUAUUUUCUUUGAUGAUGUAGAUAUCGAAGAUAAAUGCAAUUAAUUAAUUUAUUAAAAAUAUGUUGUUAAAUUGAUUUUCAUAUUCACAUAAUGCAGCGGAAAAAAUUGUUUGACGGAACGAUUACACGGUUGGAAGAAUAUUUAAAAUGUACGUACACCUUGAUAACAGUCGGGUUGAAUACGAGAAGUUCUUUCACAAAACUUACCUUGGAUGACGAUAAUGCUAACAAUCGUUAUCGUUCAUAUCAUAUAGUACCCUCCCACCGGUAUCCUUAUCCUAUAAUCUUGCAUAUACUUCCGGUUACGACAAUUAUUAUGUUAUGCGUACGAAACAAGUCUGGGUAAUGAAGAAAAAAGUAUAAAAAGCCGUGGACAAUGGUGGUAAAAUUAAAAUUACGAAACUGAAUACGAGAUUGAAACGAUAUUCUCAGUAACGAUAGAAAAUAUAUCGAAAUACGAUUAUUUUAUUUACCACUUUCAUCUUAAAGGGUUAGCAAGUAAUUUCAAAAAAAUAAUUUAUUUAUUUCAAUGAAGCAGAAUCAAGCGAGAGCGGUAUCCAUGUAAAAGCAUCGCGGUCCCGACGAUUAUCGAGGAUGUCGAAGAAGAGGGCUUAGCAUGAACCACGCCGCUACAUUUAGAGUGUUGAUACUGAUCCUGAUCCUCGGUGAUCUCGAAUCGGUCACAGUGGUGAACCAUCAUCCGGACGAGGAAUAUUACCUGGAGCAUGAAGUCCUCUACGAGGAGGCGAUUAAAGAGGCGAAAAAGUUGCAGCUCUAUCCCGGACCAAUCCCAGGAUGCAAGCCUUGCACGAACACCGAGAUGACUUACUGCAAAGAUGGAAGUGUGAUAAAUGAUCAUUGUUGUUGCGAUGGCAGCGUUAACGAGGUAUUUCCCUUCGUGACGCACACUUGUCGUGUCGGGCCCGAGGAAUGCAAAGUGCAAGCUGGAGAUUGUGCUGAAUACGCGAGGUUACGGGAAUGUUGUUGUCAUUCUUACUUAGCUUCUAUUUGGAAAUAUUUAGCAAAUGCAGCAGGAUCAUCAACGAAUAUAAAUGUUAUAAAGUUCCUGGCGAUAUUAACGGUGCUCAGGUUGCUCUUUUAGCCGGCCUAAUUAAUAAUACACGUUUAAUACCAAAUAUUAUAUAUAUAUAUAUAUAUAUAUAUAUAAAAGUUUUAUUUUAAUAAAUUAUUUUUUCACCGUACAAGAAAUAUUAAAGGCAAAUGAAUGUUUAUAACACGUGGCAAUGAAAGUGAAAUUUUUACUAAUUUGAUAGAAACAAUUUUUGCGAUUUCUCGUGUAUAUAUAUAGUAUAUGAAGAAAUGUAAUUGUACAAAGAAAUAUAAAUGAAUAUAAUAGCGGUUGUAUUUGUAUUUUAAUGGAUGAAAUGCAACAAAUAAUGUACAAACGUGUAUUUGAAAUCUUAUUUUAAUUUUUUUCUUUCGUUGCGGAUGUGAUGCAAUUUUACGUAAACGAUAGUUCCUUAAUUAUAAACAAUAAGAUAAAACGAUUACACGAGACGCGUAAAAAUUUGCUCACAAUCGAAUUAUUGCAACAUUAUCGUUACUUAAGAUAAAGAAGAAUUUACCGUAUAAAAAACUUAUUGAACGAAACAAAAUAUAAUUAUUAUUAAAUAUUUUUAAUAAUAUUUAAAUAAUAGAUAAUUUUUAAUCACUAAGGAGAAUUAUUAUAAUUUAUAUAGGAGGCCAAAAUUUUAUAUAAAAUUUUUUUUUAUGGUUGGCAAUAAAAUUUUAUGGUUGCGAAAUUAAA